CAAAGAAGUCACGCCUUUUCACCAGAGAACACAAAGAUGUCCCGUCAUGAGAGGACGCUGCCUUUGUAAAUGUUUAAAUGGACUCCGGCACCAGAAGAGUUAUGACUAGUUUGCUACAUGAUCUCUUUGUUGCAGGUUUCCUCAUUACUAGCUGUUAGUAGAUGACAAUUAGUUUAACACAGCAGAAAAGAGAUGCUUCUCGCGUAAUUACUCGGUUUCUGUGUAAGUUAUUAUAAUAUGCUGUAUUCCUUUGAUCAAAGCAGCCUUUAAAGAACUGCUGGGGUUGCAUUGCAGAUUGGGACCACAAGUGACAGAAAUGUGAAGGAUGGAUUAUUAUGAUGAGACAGGACUGCAGACUGUUGCAAAUGUAACAGACAAACUGCUGCAGCCCAGAGCCAGCCUCGACUUCCUGUGUGAAUAUCCCUCCUACAUGCUCCACAAGUCGGUUUGGACACGUAGCUGUUAAAGGACGACCCUGCUCGACGCCUUAUCUCCCAGUCAUGUCCAGGUCCAGUCGGCGGUACAAGCCUCUGCAGCAGAGCAGUGGCUCUUUCCCCGGGUGCGACCGGGUGCGGAUUCCCCGGGCCCGGGUACUGCUGCUCUGCCUAUUCGGGGUUCUGGUGCUGGCGGUGGUGCUGGGAGUCUACCUGUCAAACGACACCAGCGAUGAACAUGUGAACCGCAUGCCAGCUGCAGAUCUGACCAAAGACAGGUUGUCCCACAAACCCAGCAAGUGCUCUCCGGCUCAAAUCCGCCGUCUGGCCUCUCAGGUGGAUGGUACCCGGCUGUGGGAGACCCAUCUGAGGUCCAUCCUGAUUGAGAGGCUCCCAGGGACACAAGGCAGUCUGGCUGUCCAGCAGCACAUCGCCUCCACUCUGUCCUCGCUGUCUGCUGGCUGGGCCGUAGACUUGGACUCCUUCCAGUCUCCAACCCCUCGUGGCCAGGUCACCUUCACAAACAUCGUAGCCACUCUGGAUCCCACGGCCCCUCGCAGGCUGCUCCUGGCCUGUCACUACGACUCCAAGGCUCUGCCUCCAGACCCCCGGGCUCCAGAGAAGGUGUUUCUGGGGGCCAGUGACUCUGCAGUGCCCUGUGCUAUGAUCCUGGAGCUUGUCACCUCUCUGGAUGCCCAGUUUAUAUUAUUCAAACAGCAGAAACUUCCAGUGUCUCUUCAGCUGGUGUUUUUUGAUGGGGAGGAGUCCUUUGAGGAGUGGACCGCCACAGACUCGCUGUACGGCUCCCGUCACCUGGCCGAGCGCAUGGCCAACACACCUCACCCUGCAGGCUCCACACACACCACCAUGCUUCAGUCUGUGGACCUCUUUGUGCUGCUAGACUUGCUCGGCGGUGCUGAUCCACUGAUUGCGAAUCACUUUGAUAACACGGCGCGCUGGUUUGACCGUCUGAUCGCUGCAGAGAAGAGACUCCAUCGACAGGGUCUCUUGACCUCUCACCCCUCAGAGCAGACAUAUUUUAGGAAGGAUGUGUACCUCGGACCUGUGCAGGACGACCACAUCCCCUUUCUUCACAAAGGUGUCCCUGUGCUACACGUCAUCGCCACUCCCUUCCCUCAGUUCUGGCACACGCUGGACGACACAGAGGAGAACAUGCACCGCCCCACCGUGGUGAACCUGACCAAGAUCAUGGCUGUGUUUCUGGCAGAAUAUCUGGGCUUCUGAACAGUAAACACGGAUCAAUAUUUACGGUUCCCAGCUGAAACUCUACCAAAGACUUGGCCCUGCCGGACUGAGCAGACUUCUUGGUUUCAUGUGAGAGGAUGAGACACCUGUCCAGAUGUCUGGACGUGUGAUGUGGAUAGAAAGAGUCUUAAUUAAAAUGUUAAUAAUUCUUGGAUCAUGGAACCAGGAGGAACAGUUUUGGAAAGUUGAUUUGUAAAUUCAAAGGCACUCUAAAUUAUUCUUUAUUCCUGUGAAAAUAGAAAUCAUAGCCUUAAAGGUAUACUAUGCAGGGUUUUUGCAUUCACUCUAAAUCCGACAAUAUAUCCCGCAGGGUUGUGAGGUAUGGGUGUGUUUGUGCUUUAAAACGUAACCUCCGUGAAACAAUCAAUGUUUUUUUCCUUUUACUCACUGCAUUGUUUCCGCUAACGUCACUCCCUCUCUUUAUUCACUCUCUAGCUUGCUCGACUACUGCCUCUCUCUCACUCACUCUCACUCUCAUUGAGCCAGUUAGGAGGGGCCAACUUUGAAUGGUGCUUACAAAUUGCAACCUUUUAAUUCCUGCAUAGUAUGCCCUUAACAUUUAUUUCUCCCUGUAAUACGAUUGAGAUGCACUAAUGUCUUCUGAAAGACAGACUUUGUAAUGAGGUCUCUGAGCUGCUGUGAAUACUGAGUCAUAUGUGAAUAAUUCUUUACCUUAACAUAACUGAGGAUCCUCUUGGCCUUGACCUGCUGUUAUUAAUUUGCUGGCUAUAUUAUAUUUUGUGUCAGUGUAAUGAUGUUAUUAGAGUGAAAAUCCAACAAAUGUUCAUUUACACCAUGUACAAGGUGUAAUCUGCAAUAAAGUUUAAAUGAUUUUA